CACAAAUUCCCAAAAACAGUCAGCUGUUCAACCAACUCAACCAAAAUGUCUUCCAACACGGUUGUCCGCAUCGACAUGCGUGAUAAGCUGCCAAAAGUAGCUUCUGGCAAAGUCCGCGAUCUCUUUGCGAUUGACGAUGACACACUGUUGUUCGUUGCGAGCGACCGAAUUUCGGCUUAUGAUGUGAUCAUGGAGAAUGGCAUUCCAGGCAAGGGCGCACUUCUCACAGCCAUGAGCAUAUAUUGGUUCAAGUACCUCGUCAGCCAAGUUCCGGGUCUCCAGACUCACUACAUCACCAACUCCCUGCCAUCAGCCAUCUCAGAUCUUUCAGAAUUUCAAGACCGGAGCAUGCAAGUCCGUCGCCUGCGCAUCAUCCCAAUCGAGUCCAUAGUCCGCGGCUACAUCACUGGCUCUGGGUGGUCCGAGUACAAGAAGUCCGGGACUGUGAAUGGAAUCCAACUCCCUGCUGGACUCAUCGAAGGCCAAAAGCUCCCACAACCGCUCUGGACCCCAUCCACGAAGGCCGAACUGGGCGACAAGGACGAGAACAUUUCCCCAGAAGCGGCCCGCAAGAUCAUCAACAACGAGGCCAUCGCCGCCAAAGUCGAAGAACUCAGCCUCAAGAUCUACUCUGCAGCAGCAGCCCGUGCUGAAUCUGUUGGCAUUGUUCUUGCAGACACGAAGUUUGAGUUUGGACUCGACGCCAACGACAACGUUAUCCUGGUAGACGAGGUUUUGACGCCGGAUAGCUCUCGUUUCUGGCCGCGGGAGACGUGGGAAGAGAACUUGGGCAAGGCGCAACCAAGCUUCGACAAGCAGUUCUUGCGGGACUGGCUGACGAGUAAUGGAUUGAAGGGGAAGGAGGGCGUCAAGGUGCCGGAAGAUGUGGUCAAGCAGACGGCGGAGAAGUACCGAGAAGCUUAUGAGAAGAUUACAGGGAAGACGUCGUAGAGGGUUGACUUUAGGUAUUGCAUGGCGAGUUG